AUGUUCAGACCAUUCUGUCAGUGUGUCCAGGCCGCGCGGCAGCUGGCGACGAAAAUACCUCGAGCGAACAAGCUGCCGCCGCGGCCAAAGCUCAGCGAGGACGAGAUUGCAGAGAAAUUCAUAAAGGGCGGUUCCGGCAAGGGCGGCCAAAAAAUCAACAAGACCAACUCCAAAGUGCAACUAACACACAUUCCCACGGGGUUGGUGGUCACGUCUCAGGCCACGCGGUCGCGCGAGCAGAACCGUAAAAUUGCGCGCGAGCUGCUGGCAGCCAAAAUCGACGAAAUGCGCAACGGCGAGAACAGUCGGGCUGCAAUUGUGGCUCUGCGCAAGAAGAUGGUGAAAGAGCGGGCCAAAAGGAAGACCAAGUCUAAAUAUAAACAACUGGAUUCUAAAUCUGACGACGCUGACCAAUGGGACGCGGUCGUCGACCUAGACGAGGACGAACGGAAAGUAUAA